AUGGUAAAGCGCGAGUCGGAUUCUCGAAUGGCCGGCGGCAAGAUGCUGCGUAGUCGCGCACGCACUGCCACCUUAGAUGAGAGCGUGGCGAACAAGAUUAAAGAGCACCAAAAGGAGCUUGUAAAGCAGAAGCAAGACGAGGGGCUGAAGCGGUUUGCAGGCGAGGACAAUGGCAAAAAGCACUCGAAUGUACAGGUGUUCAAGAAGUUUGAGAGUUACCGCCGUGAAAAUCAGCUGCCUACCAAGGUUGAGGACUUACGUAUUAUGGUGGACCACCGUGCCCAAUCUAUUAUCCUUCCUAUUAACCAAUUUGCCGUACCUUUCCAUAUCAAGACACUGAAGAAUAUUAGCAAGUCUGAUGAAGGCGAAUUCACAUAUCUUCGCAUCAAUUUCGUGACGCCUGGUCAACUUUCAGGCAAGAAGGAGGACGUUCCGUUUGAUGAUCCCGAUGCGACAUUUAUCCGAAACAUCAGCUACCGCUCUACAGAUGCGCGUCACUUUGAUGAACUAUACAAUGAAAUUACAGAGAUGCGUCGUGUGGCUUCUAAGCGGGAGGCAGAGCAGAAGGAAAUGGCAGACGUGGUUGAGCAAGAUCAGCUCGUUCUAAACAAGCAGCGUCCUCUCACACUUCCUGAGGUAUUCCCUCGCCCCGCAUUGGAAGGAAAACGUGUGCCAGGGAACCUUACGAUUCACCAAAAUGGUGUACGGUUUGUGUCGCCUCUUCGUCAAGAUCAAAAAAUCGAUAUUCCCUUCAGCAAUGUCAAACAUCUCUUUUAUCAGCCAUGUGACAAGGAGCUUAUUGUUCUGAUCCACUUCCACCUGAAAGCACCUGUCAUGGUGGGCAAGCGCAAGACGCGGGACAUCCAGUUCUAUCGUGAGGCUUCGGAUGUCCAGUUUGAUGAAACGGGUAACCGUAAGCGUCGCUACCGCACUGGUGACGAAGAUGAAAUCGAACUUGAGCAAGAAGAGCGUCGUCGCCGUCAUUUGUUGAACAAGGAGUUCAAGCACUUUGCUCAACGGAUUGCUGAUGCUUCGGACGGCCGUGUUCAGGUGGAUAUCCCCUACCGUGAUCUUGGCUUCAAUGGCGUGCCAUCGCGUGCCAGUGUGCUGCUUCAGCCCACAACGGACUGCUUGGUGCAUCUCACUGAUCCUCCGUUCCUCGUGGUGACUUUGUCUGAGAUCGAGAUUGUCCAUUUGGAGCGCGUACAGUACGGUCUUUCGUCGUUCGAUAUGGUCUUCGUGUUCAGCGACUUUUCCCGUGCACCGCUGCAUGUGAGCAGCGUCCCCAGCAGCUCUUUGGACGAUGUUAAGCAAUGGCUGGACUCGGUCGAUGUCUGCGUUACAGAGGGUGCUGUGAACUUGAACUGGGGCGCCAUUAUGAAGACUAUCAACGAAGACCCGUACGCCUUCUUCCAGGAAGGUGGCUGGGGUUUCCUUCAAGCGGAUGGUAGCGACGUAUCCGAAGACUCGGAAAGUGAGUCUGGUUCCGAAUUCGAUUCGGACCUGGACGACGGCGAUCAAGAGUCGACGGAAUAUUCGGAGAGUGGGUCUGAUUUCGGUGAAUCCGAAGAUAGCGGCUCUGAAGCAUACGAUGACAGUGAAGAUGAGGGCGAGGAUUGGGAUGAAUUGGAAGCUAAGGCUGCACGAGAAGACCAAAAGAAGCGCCGCGAGCGUGGAGGCGACGGUAGUGGCAGUGACGACGACGAUGUAAAGCCGCGCGCGAAGAAGAGCAAGGGUGGAUUCAACAAAUUGUAA